UAGGGUGGUCUGACUCCGUGGUGGGAGGUGGGAGCCUUUGGAAAGCCGGAAGAUGGCGUUAGCUUCUCCUAUCCAGUUCUUCUUUCCAGUUGAUUUGGGGUCUUGAGGAGCAAUGGCCACAGAAGCCCCUGUGAACAUCGCCCCCCCUGAAUGCAGCACUGUUGUCGGCACAGCAGCUGACAGCUUCAUUUGGCGGCCAGACUCACUAAACAUGCGCGUCACGAGGCCCAAGUCCGCCAAGGGACGUCCUCGGCCAAGUCUGCGUAAGCCCGCAGGCAUGGAGGGAUGCUGCAGCCUCACGCCAUCUUCACCUCCAGCCAUUCCCUGCGAGUCGCCGAGCAGCCAGAAACCGGGAGCCUGCACACCCAAAUCUCCGAAUCAGGGAGCCCCCGAUGAGAUCCCGGAGCUGCUGCAGCAGGGGCCCAUAGGGGCAUCCUCUUCCCUCAAUAAAUACCCAGUCCUUCCUUCCAUCAACAGGAAGACCCUGGAGGAGGGGGCCCUGGAAACAGUUGCUAAAAAGGCUGGUUCCCUGCAGCUGAGCAGCACCCAGGCUCUUUACCAAGCGGAGACCCGCACCGUGAAGAUGAGUGAAGAAGAUUCCCGAGCUCAGCCUCGUUCCCCGGAGAGGAAAUUCAUCGAGCGGACCAAGAGACAAAGCUCCUACAGGGCCAGAGACCUGGAGGAACCGUCGGAUCAAGAGCCUAGGCUGCUGCUUGCCGUCAGAUCACCAUCCGGACGGAGGUUUGUCCACCAUUUCCGGCCAACUGAUGACUUAUACACCGUUGUCGCCGUGGCCGAACACAAGAACAAGGCCACCUACCGACACCGCAGCAUUGAAACGAUGGAGGUGCCCAGGAGACAUUUCUCUGACCUCACCAAGUCUCUGCAGGAGUGCGGAAUCCUCCACAAGUCGGUGCUGGGCAUCUCACAGGAAGAUGGGGAGGGAUGGCCCUGAGUCCGCAGCCACCCAGCUGGGGUCCUGGGUCUCUGAGCAAGGAGCAUGCUUGGGCGCCACGGCCUCCCAGGCAGCUUGGUUCCAAGUGCCAUGUGAAUCUGGCGCGGCUGUGACUCUUGGGACACUCACCCUCAGAGCAUUUUCUUUGACGCAGUGAAAUCUACGCAGGCACCAAAUGCGUUAAGAGGAUUCUCUUCCAGUUGUUAAGUUCUCUCCACCACGGGAGUGAACUGGCAAGUGACCAAGGCUAUUCCUGGAACAGCUGUGAGCAGACCUUCUCCUCUCCUCCUUGGGUCCUUUCUGAAGCACCUGCUUACCUUUACAAUGAACUUGCGCUCCCUUGAAGCCAAUGGUUUGCCUUUCUGUAUUCGAUGCGGGAUUAAACACUUCCCAGAGAGGAUUCUGGUCUGGUAAAUAACCAGGGUUCAGGAAAUACUGCACUGGCAUUUGUGUUUCUUGCAAGCAUCUUUAAGAAGCGGGCGCUUGACCCUAUUUUGGGAGCAGCCCCUUUGCCAAGCUCGGUGGCUCGAGUUUCUCGGGGAUUACCGUUUGUGUGAAGUGGUUUCAGAGGAAAGAAUAGGUCUUCAGCUAAUACAAAUCCCCCAAUACACCAACAUUUCGGAAAGAGCCCCAGAACUGGAAAGUGAAUCCCUCCCAUAAGCAGGGAUUUGCCAGGAGCUACUUUAUUUUUAAUAGAGACUGACGAGGUUUACAAUUUUUGGUAGCUACUCUCUGCACAAAAUUUUCCCCAAACAGAAAAGCCAGUGUAAUCUUACAUCCUUUGCUUUUGUCAGUGAUGGCAUCUUUUGUUUUUAAAUGGCACAAACCUACACGUCUGCACAAGCUUGUAGGAAAGGCCCCUUUGGCUUAUCUGGGUGUGGAUACAUUGUUUUAUCCCCCAGUUUCAGGGUCUCCCCUACUCCAAACACGGACGCCCCCUUGAGAUGACAGGGGUGCCCCCGUGUUCUGAUUUCGAAUCACCCGGAGGAAGAGGGCGCCUCGGUUUGGUGUCGCUUUGCUGUGCCUACGCUGAGACCAUGUGCCCAAAUAAAUGUCUGGUCGAUCAGCAUGACACCCGUAGCUGUGUGGCAGACCCCGGAGUCUUGCUUUUCCAUCUCUGAAAUGGUGACAUGGAAAUUCUCCAACGUUCCCUCGUGUUGUAAGCUCAGCAAGGCUCCCACAUCUCACCUGGAUCCCCUUUAUGGCCAAAUCACCGUUCAGAGUGGAGAACACCUGUCCUCCCAGAGCCCAGCCAUCACAAAGCCCUGAGUACUGAUACGCACCCCUACUUGCUAGGUACACAGAGAAGGCAGGACUUCUAGAAGCAUAGCAACGAGUGCAUCUCGUGCAUAGGUGAGGCCUGUGGUUGGAAAUGUUACUCCCAGCAAAUUGAUACUUGGCCCUGGAGAUGAACACCAACAUCCUUUCCUCUGAAGAAGGCUCGACUUGUCCUAACUGCAUCCCACGCCACCCAGAUCGUUCCAGAAUAGGUUAUUUUGGAAUGUUUUGCAAAAUUUCUUAAUGCCAUUUGGUCAGCCGCUCCUCUGACUGCAAAGGUCAGCUGGGGCUGGUGGCGCCUUGGGCAGGCCCAGGCCACUGGCCGCAUCCCCCGGCUGCUGACCACGCAGAAGGGCCUGGUGACUCGAGCCCGGUACGCACAGUCCAGGGAUUUCGCCUCCUACCCAGGACUCGAGCACGGAACUCUGCCUCUGAUCUAGGAGGCUGGGGGAAGAGACUCCCACAUUUUAUUCUUACCACCUACUCUGUGGUAAGAAUAAAAUCCCACCCACCUGGGACUUGGUAAUUUCUCCAGGCAGGAAAUCUUUAGAAAAUUGCAGUGAAAUGGAGCAUGCUUGGAGGAGUUAGAAUGUUCUGCACUUAGGGGUUUGCUACUGCUGUUUAGCUUAGAAUUUUGGGGGUAGUGGGAACAAAAUGGAAGGCAUAAAGCAUAGGAAUAUUUUAGGAUAUUUGGGGAUAUGUGAACAAAGCUAGAUUUGAAACACAUCUUUUGUUUCAAAUAAACUUUUUCUGCGGGGACAA